AUGGGUCGCAUGCACGCUCCUGGUAAGGGUAUAUCCCAGUCUGCUUUGCCAUAUCGUCGAUCAGUUCCAACUUGGUUGAAACUAUCACCAGAAGAUGUGAAAGAACAGAUUUUCAAAUUAGGAAAAAAGGGACUCACUCCUUCACAAAUAGGUGUCAUUCUUCGAGAUUCCCAUGGUGUAGCCCAAGUACGAUUUGUCACUGGAAACAAGAUUCUCCGAAUCAUGAAGGCUAUGGGACUAGCUCCUGAUCUUCCAGAAGACCUCUAUUUUCUGAUCAAGAAGGCUGUUGCUAUCAGAAAGCACCUUGAAAGGAACAGAAAGGACAAGGACUCCAAGUUCCGCCUUAUCUUGGUAGAAUCCAGGAUUCACAGACUUGCUCGUUACUACAAAACCAAGGGCGGGCUCCCACCAAACUGGAAGUACGAGUCCAGCACUGCAUCUGCUCUUGUUGCUUAA